AGAGCUGAGCAUCGUCUCAGUGUGCGGAGGUGAAUUACUGUGUUUGUCUCCACUUCCGGGAUAAAACGUUGUUCGUCUUUUGAGGGAAUUUAUUUUUUGGACCGAGAGACUUCCCGUUGUUCAAACAACAAAGCGACACGAUGCGAGAUGUUCACCUGAAUAAUGAGACGUGCAGCAACGGGUCCGUGGUGAGGUUGUGGUGUGGCUCCCAGUCCGCCGUGUGUUUGGUCACUGGAGAUCAAACACUGUUCCAGACUCACCUGAACAACAGCACUCACAUGACAGAUGCAAACAGCUCCUACAACCUGUGGCUGGGUCUGACUCUGGCCCUGCUGUCGGCCUUCCUGAUUGGUGGGAGCGUCAUUCUCAAGAAGAAAGCUCUCCUCCGAUUGGCCGACACCGGGCACACCAGAGCAGGUGAUGGAGGUCAUGGCUACCUGAAGGACUGGCUGUGGUGGGGAGGCCUGUUGACCAUGGGAGCCGGAGAGGUCUGCAACUUUGUCGCCUACAUGUUUGCUCCGGCGACGCUGGUGACUCCUCUGGGCGCUCUGAGUGUCCUCAUCAGUGCAGUCCUGUCCUCCUACCUGUUGGGGGAGGUGUUGAACGUGGUGGGGAAGCUCGGCUGUCUGCUGUGCGUGCUGGGUAGCAUCCUGCUGGUCCUCCACGCGCCAGAGGAACAGGAAGUGACGUCACUGCAGGACAUGACCAACAAGCUGCUGGAGCCUGGUUUCCUGGUGUACGUGUCGGCGGUGUUGGUGCUGUGUGCCGUGCUCGUGUUGUACUUCUCUCCUCGGUUCGGUCGCUCCAACAUCCUCGUGUACAUCGGCAUCUGCUCGCUGCUCGGAGCCUUCACCGUCUCCUCGGUGAAGGGCCUCGCCAUCGCCAUCAACACCGUCUCUUAUGAUAUCUCGGUGCUUGCUAGUCCUCUCACCUGGAUCCUGCUUCUCACUCUCAUCGUCUCCAUAGUAACACAGGUGAACUACCUGAACAAGUCUCUGGACACCUUCAACACCCUGCUGGUCUACCCCAUCUACUACGUCCUCUUCACCUCCGUCGUCCUGUCCACCUCCAUCAUCCUCUUCCAGGAGUGGAGGGGCAUGUCGGCCGUGGAUGUGGUCACGACGCUGGGAGCCUUUGUGGUCAUCGUGGUGGGCGUGGCCAUGCUCCACCUCUUCAAGGAGCUGCAGAUGACGAUGAAGCAGCUGACCAAUCAGCUGUCUCAGCCGGUGGAGAGGGAGGGGCUUGCGGAGGAGGUGUCAGCCAAUGGAAGAGCAGAAGAGGUACAGAGGAAUAAAAAAGAGGAUAAAUACGGACUGAUGGACAACAUGGUGAUCGAGAGUCUUCCUCCUAUGAGAGAGGAAGGACCGAGAGUCUUCAUCAUCAGCUGAGACAGGAAGCAGAGACGCAGGUUUGUGUUUCCUGUCUGGACGUUGUAGUUCGGACUGCUCAGUUUGUAGUCCUCACUCUGACUGAUACUGUAAAAAUCCUAGUGCACUUUUUUUAAAGGCCCAGGCCUGUAGUUUGAAGACGUUUCAGUUCACUGUAGAUUAUUGAUCCACGAGCUUUCACACAAAACACUUUUUCAUUCACCUGAACACACUGUGCAGCUCCUGGACACAAAUCCCCCAUUUACACUCAGUGACUCCAGAGUCGACAAAUUCAACAGAUUCAACCAGGUGUUCAAACCUCCUCAGAAGUAACAACAGAGACACAAAAUAAUUUAACAGAGACUAAAACAACUACAAAGAGACUGAAA